UGUUUACAUUUCAAUUUCGGACCAAAAAUAAUUUUUUUUCGACGAAAUUCAGUAAAAUAAAUUAAUUUUUAAUUUGUAGCGUGAUACAAAAAAAUUCAAAAUGAGCAAAAAACUGUCAAAAAGUGUCCUGCAGAUGAAAUUCAUGAAAAGAACUCGAGAAAAAGUCGAACAAGAGGAAGAAGAGGAACAAGGUCGAGCGAUGUAUUCGUCAGAAAUCACGGAAAAAAUGCUUCAUGGCAACUCAAAUAUCUUCAUCGAGCCGAGUUACGUGAUUUGCGAAGGUCUCAUCGAGUGCGGAAGGUUCAGUUUCGGAGGCAUGGACAAAGAUAUCGAACGUUUAAUGGAAUUGGAGGCUCAAGCAAAGCUCGCGUUGAAGGAAGAAGACACCCGAGAGAAGCAAAAAGAGAUGACAAAAGACGUAAAUGACGAGGAUAUGAUCAAAUAUUACAAUUCCUUAAUGGAUACCGUGGGAAAUAAAUUCAAUAAACACAAAAGACGUCGAGGGAACAACGGAGAACGAUUUAUGAAACCAAACACGAGCAACGAAAGACUAUAAAAAUUAAUUUUUUUCAAUUUUUUCAUAUAAAUAACACUUAUUCGCUAAUUUUUAUUCAGAAAUCAGAAAAGUCCAACG